CGCUGUGCACCUGCAGAAAUACGCGGAGGAGGAGGAGUUGAGUUUGGAUGCUUCUGUCGAGCUGGGCUGCUGGUUUUUGUCUUGUAUUCAGCACAAGUUCUCCUACCAAGUUUCACUGAAGAAGUCGUGGAAUAGCUGGGAAAGGAAUGGCGCUUUCGAGAGGCCGGUUCUGCUGUGUUCUGUUGAGCCUCUUCACAGGUUUGGCCUCAGGUCUGGUUAUUACAUCUACAGGGUCGACGUCCAUAGAGAUGGCCAGUGGGCAGACUGUCAAGCUGGACUGCCAGUUUACUCUGGCAGCUGAAGACAGUGGACCACUUGAUAUAGAAUGGAGUUUGACGACCUCAGACAACCAGGAGAAAGUGGUGAUCAUAUAUUCCGGUGACAGACCCUAUGAGGACUACUAUGCUCCCCUGAAGGGCCGAGUCCACUUCAACUCAGCUGACCCCAAGAAUGGCGACGCCUCCAUCAACGUGAUAGGACUGAAGCCAUCAGACUCAGGCCCAUACAAUUGUAAGGUGAAGAAGGCUCCUGGUAUUGGCAGCAGGAAGAUGACGUUGACUGUCAUGGUGAAGCCGUCCAAGCCCAGGUGCUACACUGAUGGUCCCACACAGGAAGGCAAAGAUGUUGCGCUGAAGUGUGUAUCUAGCGAAGGCACCAACCCUAUGAAGUACAGCUGGGAGAAGACCAGUGACUCCAAGCUGCUGCCCUCCUCUGCUACGUUAGAUCCUGUGGGAGGCACCUUGAUCGUGAAGAAUGCAUCUGCCAGUGCAUCUGGCUCCUACCACUGCACUGCCAGCAAUCGUAUUGGCAGUGACGACUGUACACUGUAUCUUAACGUAACACCUCCCCCCAACACUGCAGGCAUCAUUGCAGGAUCCAUAAUUGCCGUCCUCCUGUUCCUCAUCAUUCUGGCCAUCAUCCUCUACUGCUGUUGUCGUGCCCGGCACAAGAAGAAGUACGAGAAAGAAAUCUGCAAUGAGAUAAGAGAGGACGUGCCCCCUCCAAAGAGCCGUGUUUCAACAGCACGCAGCUUCACUGUGGGCAGUCAGCGCUCCUCCCUGGGCUCCAUGUCGCCUUCCAACCUCCACGAGUAUGCAUUGAAGCCCCAGUACGACAAGAUUCCCUCAUCAGAGGAAUAUGAGAGGCCACCAAGCCAGCUCCCUCUGCCUCCACCUUCUGCUGUCAGGAUGGGGGGCCCCAACCUCAGCCGCAUGGGAGGCAUCGCCGUCAUGACCCCCGCUCAGAACAGGGAUGGCUCAAUUGUGUAGUGUGUCCUCAUCUUGAGAAGGGACCAUACAACAAGGGAAGGGAAUGGAGGAAGGGACUAGGACACAAUCCAGUGAAGAUGGAGCAAGCGCUGCGAUGGGCUGACUUACCUUACUUGUAGCUCUUCAUUAUUUACAAAUGGGAUAAUACUCCUUAUGAAGGCCUGGGUUUGCUGGGGUGCUGAGAAAAGAAAUUUUGCUGGAAUCACAACAGAGCACAUGAACUUUUUAUUACUUUUUGUUUUUUUAAAACCUUAUGAAUUUUAUUCCCUGGACUUUCUCACAAAAAAUGAGUUGGUGUGGCUACAAUGCAACCUGGUCAAUAUACAAAUAAUACUGUACUGUGAAUGCAUGUAUUUUUUAAUUGAUCUCCCCUACUGUAGAGAUACUAUAUGCUAAAAAAACAGACCCAGGUCCUUAAUUGGCCAGCUCUACAGCUGUAUGCAUGCAUAUGUGUAUAAAAUUGUGUGUGUGAAAAUAAGUUUAUGUAUGUGAACGGGGUCUGGGGAAACAUUCAUACAUUGUUUUUAAAAUGCCUGCAUACCAGUAUAAACAUUCUUUGCUA